UACCCACAGGCUUCAGACCUGCAAGUAGAGUUGAACAAGCACCCCAAAGAGAAGCCUCAUGUUUCCACUUUAGUAUUCGGGAAGACUUUCACUGAUCAUAUGCUGACAAUAGAAUGGACCAAUGAGAAGGGUUGGGGCAAACCACAUGUUAAACCAUUUCAGAACCUUUCCUUGCACCCUGCCACUUCCGCUCUGCACUACUCUGUGGAGCUCUUUGAAGGUAUGAAAGCCUAUAAAGGGGAAGACAAUCAAGUCCGCCUUUUCCGACCAAUGAUGAAUAUGGAAAGAAUGCACCGAACAGCACUGAGAGCUUGUCUGCCUUCUUUUGACAAGGCUGAGCUCCUCGAGUGUAUGAGAAGACUCAUUGACAUUGACCGAGAUUGGGUCCCUAAGUCUGAUACUGCCAGUCUAUAUAUUCGACCAACUUUUAUUGGCACGGAGCCAUCUCUUGGCGUCACAAAGUCCAAUCAUGCAUUAUUAUAUGUCAUUGUUGGGCCAGUGGGACCAUACUUUCCCAGUGGAGGAUUUAAUCCUGUCUCACUGUUGGCUGAUCCAAAAUACGUGCGUGCCUGGAUGGGGGGUGUAGGAAACUACAAACUAGGGGGAAAUUAUGGUCCUACCAUAGCAGUACAGCAUGAAGCAUCUCAGUUAGGAUGUCAGCAAGUGUUGUGGCUGUAUGGAGACAACCAUGAAGUGACUGAAGCUGGAACAAUGAACUUUUUCAUGUUCUGGACUAAUGAGCGAGGAGAGAAAGAGCUAGUAACCCCUCCAUUAAGUGGUUUAAUCCUCCCUGGGGUAACAAGACAGAGUUUACUGGAUCUGGCACGACAGUGGGUUUUGCAGGGAGAAUUUAAAGUGUCAGAGAGCACAAUUACCAUGAAUGAUCUGAUCAAAGGGCUUCGGGAAAACAGGAUAAAUGAGGUCUUUGGAGCAGGAACAGCCUGUGUUGUAUGUCCAGUAAACCGGAUACUCUACAAUGAAAAAGUGAGUACUGUGUCACAACAAUCACCAAUAUAA